AAUAACGCCCAGACGAAAAAGAUGUGAUCAAUACCGUGGCUGAUGAAAUUUAUGAGCUAUUUAAAUGUAGUGUUUGAAUAAUGAAAGAUAUACGGCCAACACAGCAAACUGAAGCAUUCCCAGUAAAGUUGUGACGUGUACUCGUGAAAUGACGUCUGACACCGUGCAUGAAAUCUUAGCCGCGUCACCACGUGCUGUUAGCUACGUGCACAAGAGUAAAGUCAAGACACACGUGCAAGUUUGAGAAUUAAAUGUUUAUAAUCUAACGCAUUGCAGGGAUUUAAAUUCUGACGACCAGGACAGCACAAAACAGCGCAGAAACUCAAGCGAAGUGGCAAACUAGUGUAGAAAGAAAAUGGAGGAGGAUGUUUACUAUGGAGAUGAGCUUCCAGACCUGGGAGACAUUGAUGAGGACAUGCUGAGGGCGUAUCUCGAUGGGGAUGUUGCCAACCCAGAGUUGGAUGAACUUUUGAAAGCAUAUGGUCAUGAUACAGCUGGAGAGGCACUGUCGCGGGUGUCCGUCCACGAACUGUGGGAGAACUGCCUCUCCCCGACCUUCUUUCAGACCCUGGAGAAUGUCCUUCCCCUCAUGUUGCUCUGCUUUGUCUUCAAGCUUAUAUGCUCCUUCUCCAAGACAGGUUCAGAUGACCAGGAUAUCCCACCCUGGUUGAUGCACAUGUCCAGUCUGAUGUUCGGUCUGCUCGCCCUCCAUAUGUUCUUCCAGCGCGGCUUGCUCUAUCUACUCUUCUGCUGCGCCCUCUCCUACUUCGUCCUCGUCCUCACCAACUGGCGUAAUCGUGACUACUGUGGAAUAUCCAUGGCACUGUUUGUCAUCACUUACCUUGUGGCCUGUGAGUUUCUCAUCCAAAAAACAGUCUGGCAUAGUUUAAGAGGAGCCCAGAUCAUCCUGUCAAUGAAGGUGAUCGGUGUGGCAUUUGAUCUGAGCUGUGGGUCCAUGGUGGAGUUCCCGAGCGUGUUUGCCUACUUUGGUUACAACUUCUGUGUGGGCACAGUAAUCUUCGGCCCAUGGAUCAGCUUCAGCGAGUACCGUCACAUUCUUGCCCAACACAGGAGACCUAUGAAAGUGAUGUGGUUUGUGAAGGCUGUGUGCAGCACACUGCUGGCCCUCCUGUGUGUUGUCUGCUCCACUUGCCUUGUACACUGGCUGAUCCUCGACAACAGCUUCAAGUGGGCAGUUUCAUUCCGUGAUGCACAGUCAUUCCGGUUCAGCCAUUACUUUAUUGGCUUCCUGUCUGAGGCCACAGUGGUUCUGUGUGGCCUGGGGGCAACACACACCAACGAUGACGUCAAGUGGGAUAUAAAAGUGAGUCGGCCAUUAAGCAUAGAGCUGCCACGGUCGUUGGUGGAGGUCGUCACUAACUGGAACAUCCCCAUGCAUCACUGGCUCAAAACUUAUGUGUUCAAGUCAGCAAGACCUCUUGGGAACUUUGCUGCCAUAUUUUUAACCUAUAUAGCCAGUGCAGUUUUACAUGGUUUAAACUUUCAGAUAGCAGCUGUAUUAUUGUCUUUAGGUGUAUAUACUUAUGUAGAAUAUGUGUUUAGGAACAAAUUAUCGGUGAUAUUUGAUGCAUGUGUGCAGGCGCGCCGCUGCAGGGAGGGAUGUGAACACACAUACAAACAGGGCCACCCGUAUGUUGUGUGCGCUAACCUGGUGUUUGGUGUGCUGGCCGUGUUCCAUCUUGCCUACCUUGGUCUCAUGUUCGACAGCAGUGCUUCCGAGACUACAGGCUAUAACAUGGCACACACUCUGCAGAAGUGGGCUGCCUUCAGCUAUUUGAGCCACUGGCUGGUGGUGGGCACGUUCCUCUUCUAUCUUAUGAUCUGAUACCUGCUUCACUCCACAACACCUGUACCCAUCACCUUGUGAAGCUACGGGCCCUCCGUCCAUCUCACUUGGCACCAAGCCAUUUUCAUUUGAUCAGUGAUCUGCAUGUUUUAGGAAACAAUUUUGUGUUGCCUGAAAAGGUCACAUAUAUAGGCGUCGAUUGCGGCAGUGGUUACAUCAGCAAAAUCUUUGUACACAAGAACUAAGUGUUUAUUAUCCAGUGAUGAUGUAACUUGGUGACAGUGUUUUAAAUAAUGGGUAAAUUUCCUGAGUAAAACUAGAGUUGUGCCCCUUUUACGUUUAUAAAUCAUAGUAGGUUUAUUUCAAUUACUCAAGUAUUUAUCCUAUCACAAUGAAACUUGGUCAUAAUGUUUGAGGUCAUAAUGUCUGGUUCAGUUUUGUGCAUAUAAUUAUUCAAGUAUUUUUUAUCCAAGCAUAAAGAAACUUGGUGAGUAUUUAGUCAUAAUGUCCUUAUCAAUUCGUAGGGAAAAUCACCUCUGUAAAUCCAGAGUUAUGCCCCUUUUACAUUAAAAUACAGCUGGUUUAAUUUUUGUUAAAGGGUAUGAUAAACAGACAAAGCUCUCAUUUGACUACAAAGUGUUGCUCCUUUUCCAUUAAAAUUGGUAUUUGUAAAUGGUUAGACUUCGAUGAAAGCUCCUAACAGGCAGCACAUCCAUAUAGUAUCCUAUUUGGAACUUUGCUCGAUGCAAAAUGUAGUUUUCUCUCGUAUUUGUUCAAAUUGAUCCAGUUUUGUUAAGAUCAUAUCUGACAAGGUUAAUGACUUUUUUGUACUUGAGGCCCAAAUCACAAGCCCUAGAACUAAUUGAAUCCGUCUAUAAAGCAUCAGUUCGAGGUCCGCUUCCUUGUCAGAUAUGGGUUCAAACCCCACCCCAGGGUUCAUUGCAUAUUUUUUAACCAGAUUUUCAACAAAAACCUGUUCAUUACAAUGAGGAUGUCAUUUUCGGGCAUCAAACAUUGGUUAACACCAAAUAACUUCAGUUAAAGUUGAUGAAUAUUAACGAAACUUGUAGUGUAGCUUUUGUGAAUUGCUAGCUUAGUAUUGCUUUAGAAGGUUAGGGGUCAAGGUCACUUUUACUAAAAAAAAUAAAAAAAAUAGAUUCAACUAACUGGUCAAGGUCAGUUUUGAGUGUUUGUCACAAUUAAAUACUGGGUCAAAAAUAGGCCACUAGGUAAAUGCUAGAACAAAGUCGAUAAAGGCGUCAUGGUCUUCCUGUUCACUGAGAAGGAGCUACAAUGAUAGAACAACCUUGAUAAAGGCCCUUUUUUAAUGUUCUUCAUGUCCACCAACUUGGGGCUAAAUGAUGGAAACAUCUUGAUAAAGUCUUAUGGUCUUUAGCUAUACAAAAACUGGUAAGAAAGAAUUUAAAUUUUUCAUUUUUGUUGUGUCACAACACUUUUGUUCACAAUAUGAAAACAUAUGAACUAUUUGGUAUGUACAGUAACUGUACUCUAUUGUCAAUAAAACUGACUCCUAAUCAUUUUGAAGUCAAAUGGUCACAGGUGACAUA